AUGUCCCAACAAUGUUAUUCAGAUAUUGAAUGCAAAAUUAUAAAAGCUCAAAUUGAGAGGAGAGCUAAAUUCAGGCAAGAAUUUUUGAAACUGCGGACUGAUCCUUGUAAACAUGCUACUGAAGCUGGAUAUGUUUUUGAUCCUGCUUUACAACGAUUUUUAUCUAUGAAAUCCUGUCAAGCUCAGUAUUUCAAACCUUCUAUAAGAACUGUAAUAUCUGGGAUAUUAAACAUAGCACCAUUUUUUAUUUAUGGCUAUGUAAUUUGGUAUGAAAGAAAUCAAUUUUUACGAGCUUGUGAAUGUGGGAAGAUUAAAUAUCGAGACAGAACUCAUAAAUUUUAA